CGGGGGGUUUGCGGUUUGUGGUAGUGAAAGCGUUGCUUUUAUUUGGAAUUGGGAAAGCGGAGAAUCCCUCACAAAAAGCAGCUGAGCAGGCCUGGUGGUGCCCGUGAGGAAUCCAGGGAGAUCCUUUUCUUUCCAUGCUGUCGCGCUGGAGCAGCCGGGCUGAGCCACAGCACAGGGCUGCGUGCUGCUGCAGGCGGCCGUGCUGGGCAGCCUUCCUUCGAGCACACACGCGUGUGUCAACACUUCUGCUUUGUCAGAAGCUUAAAAAUGGAAACAGUGCUCUCUUUAAGAAAGCAGGGCCCAAAUAAGGAGAUGAUGGAGUGGCGAGGAUUCCUCCAGUGAGCGUUCCAGCUCAUUCCUUACAAAGGCUGCGUGUGAAAGAUAGAGGCCCACGGAUCUGGGUUUUGUCCAGGGGUCUCCAGGUUUAAAGCUCCCUGCAGCCGCUUCAGCUCAGUUUCCCGGUGACUCGGCUGGGCACGACUUCUUUCUCUGCCCCAAAAACAUACAGCUUUACAACUCUUUUGGUUGCAUGACAAACUCAGCCUAUCCUUGAGCAAAAAUGGAAGCUAUCAAGAAAAAGAUGCAGAUGUUGAAGCUGGACAAGGAGAAUGCAAUUGAUAGAGCAGAGCAGGCUGAAACGGAUAAGAAGGCAGCUGAGGACAAAUGCAAGCAGGUCGAGGAUGAGCUGGUAGCUCUGCAGAAAAAAUUGAAAGGAACCGAAGAUGAGCUGGAUAAAUACUCCGAGGCUCUGAAAGAUGCCCAGGAAAAGCUGGAGCAGGCCGAAAAGAAGGCCACGGAUGCGGAAGGCGAGGUGGCGGCGCUCAACAGACGCAUCCAGCUGGUGGAAGAGGAGCUGGACCGGGCCCAGGAGCGCCUGGCCACAGCCCUGCAGAAACUGGAGGAGGCCGAAAAAGCGGCGGAUGAGAGUGAGAGAGGAAUGAAAGUUAUUGAGAACAGAGCAAUGAAAGAUGAAGAAAAAAUGGAAAUUCAGGAAAUGCAGCUGAAGGAGGCCAAGCAUAUUGCUGAGGAAGCCGACCGCAAAUACGAAGAGGUUGCCCGCAAGCUGGUGAUUCUGGAGGGGGAGUUGGAAAGAGCUGAAGAGCGCGCAGAGGUGUCCGAAGUUAAAUGUAGUGACCUUGAAGAGGAGUUGAAGAAUGUUACAAACAAUCUGAAGUCUUUGGAAGCUCAAUCUGAAAAGUACUCGGAAAAGGAAGAUAAGUAUGAAGAGGAAAUCAAGAUUCUCUCCGACAAGCUUAAAGAAGCUGAAACUCGUGCUGAGUUUGCUGAGAGAACGGUUGCCAAACUGGAAAAGUCCAUUGAUGAUCUGGAAGACAAACUCGCCCAAGCAAAGGAGGAGAACCUGGGGCUGCACCAGACGCUGGACCAGACGCUAAACGAACUGAACUGUAUAUGACCCCGAGCGGGACCCCGCGGCCUGAAAGCGCCAUCCGCCCUCAGCGCCCCGACAGACCGCGGCUCGGAGCUCGGCGCGGUUCCGCGCCCCGGGGGCGCCGCGCGCAUUAAACGCUUUCUCGCA